UUGUGAAUGGCAAUCGAGUGUCACACGGGAAGAAGAAGCUGCGAAAAGAAUUUUAGAAGAAAGCAACUGCAAUUUUGUCAUAAUCGGAGCUGCAAUUCGCAAUGAAUAAUGGAAACUAGACAGCCCAGUUCCGGUGAUGAUCUAAAGCCAGAGCUGUACUUCCUCAUUUCCAAGUUCCUGGCCGCGGGACCGCUGGAGGAGACGGCGAAGGUCUUGAUCCGGGAACUCGAGGAGAAGAAGGUUUUGCCGCGUCGUCUCGAUUGGCAGGGAAACGAGCAUGAGCAGACCUUUGAGGAAUUGGAACGAAAGUACAAGCAUAUUGGCGCCAAUCACUUGCUUGAAAUAUGCAGCCGUCUGGGUCCACUGGUGGAUCGCGAGCUUCCGCCCAGUGUGCCGGGCAUCAACUCGCUGUUGGGUACUGGGCGCCAGAACCUCCUGCGCACCAAGGAAACCGUCUACUGCCAUCGCUCCUUAAGGGACUACUGCACCCGCCUUAAUGGAGUCUCGCUGCCGGAUUCGCUCCUCACGAAGCCGACCCACAACUUAGAUCGCGUUCUAACUGGACGGGAACACGGCGGGGAAGUACGUCGCAAGCUCCUCGUGCCCACGGACCUCUACCGCCGGACAAAAUUGCUCCGUCGCACUGUGGGCCACCUGUCCUCGGUGUACUGUGUGCUGUUUGAUCGCACAGGGAGAUACAUCAUCACCGGAGCCGAUGAUCUGCUUAUAAAGAUAUGGUCAGCGGCAGAUGGCCGCCUGCUGGCCACUCUGCGAGGCGCCUCAUCCGAGAUUACAGACAUAGCCAUUAACUUGGACAAUACGAUGCUGGCUGCCGGGUCAUUGGAUCACAUACUGAGAGUGUGGGACAUGCAAACCACAUCACCCAUCGCCGUAUUGUCUGCUCACACGGGCAUGAUAACUUCGGUGAACUUUUGUCCGUCGCCACGUAGCGAUCUAAAAUAUCUAGUGACCACCAGCACAGAUGGGUCGAUCGCCUUCUGGCAAUACUCAACGCCGCGCGGGCAAAAGAUCACGUUUGCCCCGAAGCCAACGCAGUAUCAUGAGAAACUGCGGCCCGGACAAGCGCAGAUGAUGUGUACCACCUUUUCGCCGGGAGGCAUUUUUCUAGCCGCUGGAUCUGCCGAUCACCAUGUGCGCGUCUAUAUGAUGGGCGAGGACGGUCCAAAACGAAUAUUGGAGACGGAAGCUUACACAGAUGCCGUGGACUCGGUGCAGUGGUCGCAUCGUGGACUGAGAUUUAUAUCAGGCAGCAAGGACGGAACAGCACACAUCUGGACGUUUGAGUCGCAGCAGUGGAAAAGUUCCAAACUAUGCAUGACGGAGCGUCUGGCCAGCUGCCCGGAACCAGAGGAGGGAAAGAGGCUAAAGGUAACGAUGGUAGCCUGGGAUGCCUCGGACCGUUAUGUCAUCACCGCCGUUAACGAUUUUACUAUAAAAAUCUGGGACUCGAAGUCAGCCAAGCUGCAUCGUGUUCUGCGUGGGCACAAGGAUGAGCUUUAUGUGCUUGAGUCGAACCCAAGAGAUGAGCAUGUCCUUCUUUCCGCCGGCCACGAUGGCCAGGUAUUUCUGUGGGACAUCGAGCAGGGCGUUUGUGUGGCCAACUUCCUUAACGACAUCGAUGGCCAAGGCCAUGGCAGUGUCUUUGAUGCCAAGUGGUCACCGGAUGGCACAAUGAUAGCUGCCACCGAUUCGCAUGGACACAUCCUGAUCUUUGGCUUGGGUGUGUGCAUUGAAAAGUACAAAAUGCUUCCCACGGAGCUGUUUUUUCAUACGGAUUUUCGACCUUUAUUGAGAGAUGCGCAGCAUCAUGUGGUGGACGAGCAGACUCAGAUAAUGCCGCACCUAAUGCCCCCGCCUUUCCUGGUCGAUGCAGAUGGCAACCCACAUCCAUCAAGGUUUCAACGAUUUGUGCCUGGUCGUGAGAGCUGUAGCCUGGACCAAUUGAUUCCAAAUCUUACGGUAGGCGUGGAUGGCGUAGUAAUCGACGAUGGAGGUGCAGGUGGAGAUGCUGUUGUGGCCGCUGCACCGGCUGAAGCUCCACCAGCAGCGUUGCCCCCUGCUGCUGCUGGAGGACCACAGGGAGCAAACUACUCCCAUAUCGACCGCAUGAUUGCAGCCUUGGCCAAUCGGCAGUCUGUUAAUGUAAAUGCCAAUGAUGCCAAUCCGACCAACGGCAACCAGUCGUUCGAACGUUUGACCAAUCGUCAAAUGCCGGAUUCCAAUGGCAGGCAAUCCUCACGUGGCAAUGUCCUCGGCAGUCGUUUGAGCACGCCUCGCCAAGGAUGGGGUGCUGCAGCUGCCGCGCCAGUUGAGUAUCAAGCAGGGCCGUCUCAACCUCCGGCAGAACCUGCAGCCGAACCUGGCCAGGCACAAGUCCAACAAGCGCUGCCUCUGAAAUUCAUCCGUCGCACUUAUGUGCGUCCCAUGAAGUAUCCCCAGUUGCAAAACCUUAAGCAGACUAUUUACUCUGCCGGUCAGUUUGAAAAGCAGGAGUACAAACGCGAAAUGCGCCGCCGACCCAUCAUGAUAAACACUGCCAGUGCAGCAUCUUCGCAGCAGCCAGGAAGCGUGGGCAGGCCACGAAACACGCGAGCCAAUGGCGGCGGCGCAAGAGCUGGACGAAGACGUGGACCCCAGCCAGCUGGAGGACAGCCACAACCCGCUUAUCGCACCCGCGCUGUUCGGGAUCAGGAGCCGGAGCACUACGAUGAGGUAGCGCAGCCACCCGAGGAAGAGGAGGAAGAAGUGUCCAGCAACUCAUCCGGCGACACCAGCUACUCGAAUGUGGAAGAAAACCUAGAGGACAGCAGCGAUGAGUCGGAAACGGACAGUUCCGAUUACUCUGACUGGGUGGCGGAUACUCCUGGCCCGAAUCUGGAACCACCAAAAAGAUCCAAGCGUAAGCCACUCUCACGGCGACCCCGCAGUAGUGAUGACAGCAGCGAUGAUGAGCGAGCGGGCAGAUCCAGAGGUGGGCAGGUUACGGCCCGGAAGGUUGGACGUAAAACUGUUUUGUUUCCGCCCACAGAUGCAAAUGGUGAGAUACCAGAGCUUUAUCGUCCCGCUGAGUGGCUAUCUGAGGUGAUUCCACGAAAGGCACCCUAUUACCCCCAGAUGGGUGAUGAGGUGGUCUACUUCCGGCAAGGACAUGCAAAGUACUUGGAUGCAGUCCGCCUGAAAAAGGUCUACAAGCUCUCGCACAGCUCGGAGCCGUGGAACUUUCACACACUGCGCGACCACGAGCUGGUGCGUGUGAUUGGAAUCAAAUACGAAAUCCGCCCACCCCGAUUGUGUUGCUUGAAGUUGGCCAUCAUCGAUGAGGAGGGCAACAUGACGGGGACAACGUUCAAGAUCAAGUACCACGACAUGCCCGACGUUUUGGACUUUUUAGUGCUGCGCCAGACCUUCGAUCUUGCCGUGCAGCGCAACUGGAGCAUUGGUGACCGGUUUCGCUGCAUGAUUGUCGACGGCUGGUGGAUGGGUCAGAUUGAAUCGCGCCACGCCCUCUCUGCUGACUUCCCCGACUCGUCCUUCAUGUGUUUCCGCGUGCGCUGGGAUAACGGAGAGUAUGAGUUUAUGAGUCCCUGGGACAUGGAACCCAUCGAUCAGCAAAGAGUACCGGACGAGGUGGGAGGUGCUGUUCCAGUUCUGCCGGAGGAGAUUCGCGCCACUCUAUACCAGCCCAAGUCCGAGGAAUGGCACAGAGGGGAUCGCGAUGGCACCUGCAGGCGCAUUAUCAAUGGAUUGGAGCAGGUUAUGCGUCUCUCUAUAGCGGAACAUUUCCUGGCCCCCGUCGACCUUAACAUAUAUCCGGACUACGCUUAUUUGAUCGAAUAUCCCAUUGACCUGACCACAAUUAUGUAUCGCUUUGAGAAUCACUUCUACCGCCGAAUAACCUCAGCCCAGUUCGAUGUGCGCUACCUGGCCACCAAUGCGGAGCAGUACAAUCGCCGGCACGCCAUUAUCGUCAAGCAUUCGCGAAUUGUGACAGAUCUUUGUCUGAGGAUCAUCAGGGAACCGGAUGAGAUAGAUGUGGCUGCUGUUUACCAUCAGCUUGCGGAUGUGUACCAUUCGUCGGAGUCGGAGAACGAGGUAGAUUCGGAUGUAGUUCCAUCGACCAGCACAGGACCAACUACUUCAGCAGCUGCAGCAGCAGCUAGGCAAAGAGUAUCCUCAGCCAGGCGAUCCACUCGAAUUCACUCGGAAGGGGACUGGCGUGCCGAUUGUCGCCAACUGCUUGAUCUAAUGUGGGCGAGGACAGAUUCGGCGCCGUUUCGCGAGCCCGUUGACACCAUCGACUUCCCUGACUACCUGGAGAUCAUAGCUACUCCAAUGGACCUGCGCACUGUAAAGGAGGAUCUGCUGGGCGGCAACUACGAUGAUCCGUUGGACUUUGCCAAGGAUGUGCGACUGAUCUUCCAAAACUCCAAGAACUACAACACCAACAAGCGCUCACGGAUUUAUGCCAUGACCUUGCGACUCAGUGCGCUAUUUGAGUCGCAUAUCAAGACAGUGGUCACUAGCUGGAAGGCGGCAUUAAGGCGCGCUAAUAAAAACAAGUCCGGCAGCAGUGGAGGAGGACGCGGUUCCAGCAGCAGUCCCAACAAGCGAGUCAAAAAGGAGCGAUCCACGCGCCGCAAUCAAAAGCCAACAGCAGCGGCCAGAAGGUUGCCAGUCGCUAACUCCAGUGAAGAAGAGGACGAGGAGGAUGAUGAUGAUGACGACGAUGAUGAUGAUGAGGAAGAGGCAGCAACGAGGGGGCGCUCUCGUCGGCGAAACGGUGUGGCCGUAAGUGCUAGUUCCUCUGGCUCCAACCGCGUGACUUCUUCAUCCGCCGCCCAACAGCGUCGAGGCAAAAGCAGCAGUAGCGAGGAGGAAGAGGAGGAGGAAACCAGUGCGCAGGCCACGUCAGAUGCCAGCAGCGAUGAAGAGGAAAGAGCCCAAUCCAAUGACAGUUCUCCUCAGCAGACACGCACGCGCAGGGCAAGGCAGCGGCAACGGCUUAGCGAUGACUCCAAUAUCAACGAUUCCGAGGACAGUUACAACCCCAACGAGGGACGCAGCAGUCGGCGACGACCAGGUGCCGCACGCCCGUCCAGCAACAGGCAGACAAAUGGCCACUCGAGCAAGAGGCGCCGUCUGAACAAAAGUCCAGCCAAUGCUGCUCCUGGCCCUAGUUUGCCACGUCGGACACGUCGCAUAGCAGGCAGCUCCGCAGAAGAGGCGGCAUCUCACUCGCAACACGAUGAGAGCACACAGGAUAGUCAGAUAGGACGUCGAAAGGGACGCUCGGCAAGCAGCAGAUCGCAACCAAUUGGCAAUGGACCGAGUACCAGUGCCGCAGCUGCCUCCAACUCCAGCCUUGAAAGUCCUUCACGGAACACUCGGGCGAACGGAAGUAGAACCUCUUCGCAUCUUGGAGCCGAGAAUGAUCACAGUUACCACCUGCCAGUGCGCAACGGGCGCAUAAUCGAGUCCGAUACGGACUCUCCUGUUAUCAGACCCACGCGUCAGAGCGCCAAGAGGGCGCUAAUGGACUGGGGUCGUGGAAGCGAUAUUGAAGAGGAGGAGGAGGAGGAGGAGGAGGAAGAGGAAGAAGAAAGCGAGGAAGCCGAGGAGAUACUGCCAACACCUACAAAGGACGACGUUCCCUCUACCAGUCGAGCCGCUUUGGCUCAGGCGGCUGCCGGUCCUUCUCGCCAGCUACGCACGAACCGGAACACCGUCGUUCGUCCAGCCCAGAUUGACGACGAUGACGACGACGACAGUGACAACGAGCCGCUGGCCAACAAUCAGCAAAAAAAUUAUCAAUCACCUGCAAAAUCUAGCUCAACCGCAACAGUGGCCCCUCAUCCGCUGAGCCUGCGCCGUCGAUUAUCCUCGCCGCCAGAACGGAAUACCCAUAUGACCCGUUCUCAUGCCACCUCCACAACGUCCUCGGCCGCAGCAUCACGGGCAGAACAGCAACCAGCGGUUUCCACCCACGAUCACAAUUACUUAGGCAACGUGAAUUCAUCGAGGGCACCGCGCCGCAUUCUUUCGCGCCACCAACGAAAUGCCGACGAGUUGGAUACCAGUUUGGAUGUCCUGGAAAACUCGCGUCUGCUCUCAGCCAUAGCCAAUCACCGCCGGCCCACCUCUACCACGAACAGCAACAGUACAAGCAAUGUGGUCACAAGGCGUCUGCGUGGUCGCGCUAGCCAGGCGAACUCGCACGACGAGGAUCAUGAGGAAGAGGAGGCUGCUGCCUCCGAUGAGGGCACUGAUGGAGGCUCUAGCUCGCAGAGCUACGAAGAUGAGGAUGAAGACUCCGACUCGGAAGACAAUCAGCCACUCACCAGCUACGUUUCGCCCAGCAAUGGUCGCCCGAGGCGCAAGGCAAAAACCUCCUCCUCAUCCGCGACAACUCAGGAGCGUCCGCUGCGCCGCACACGUCGCCCGCCAUCCAAUAACUCCAUCGCCAACGAUAACGAUGACGAUGACGACUAUGUUGUGCCGCGGAGUCGUCGUGCCAACCGGGGUGGAAACCAGCGAGCCGGGCGCAACCAAAAGAGACCGCGCUACAAUGAGCAGUCCGAGGAGGAAGAGGCGGCGGCUGGAUAUUCCCAUCGGAGUAAACGAAUCCGUAACGGCGACGCUCAUGCCAGCUCUCAGGAGCGAUCACAGGCCUCCACCGAGCGGGACCAGGCGGAAGACGACGACGGUACCUCGGUGGACUCGGAUGAACAGCGGUUGAACGUUAGCAGCAGAGGCAGGGUGCGCAAGCCGUCUGCAAAGGCGCGCGGUAUCUUCAAGGAGUGACCGCAGACUGUUUUAUGUAUAAAUUAAAUCUAAUUGCUAAAUCAAGAAACCUUUGUAACAUUUGCUAGAGUCUUAUUUCUUAUUAUUGAUUAAUAUGUAAGAGUAAAUCACGUCACUUCUCAUUGUAAUGUCAGUGUCACCGCUACGGUCAAUGUCCCACACCCAACCCACCCCGAUCCGUCAAAUCCGUAACACCAACCGUGAAGUGUUAGCCAGCCCAUAUCCAUCAUACACCGUGGCAGAAUAUGUUCAAUUAAUGUUCAAGUCUUAAGUUGAAUAUUGGCAUCAGUCCUACAUUCUAUGUGUAGGGGGCAUGGCCAAAGCAACGUUUUAUAUGUAUUUCUAUAAUAUAUAGGUACUAUCAUACAUAUAUAUUUAAAGGUAGCACUCGGAAUCACACUUCAUUUAAAAUAGUUUUAGAAUAAAGUACCAUGAAAAAACA